ACCUGGAAGAGCAGCAUUGCAGCAGCUUCUUCACACCCAGCAUCUGUCUUCUGUUCUCACCAGGUCCGGAGCACUAUGGCGCACCACAAAGAGUUUGAGACUGCAGGAAAGAAGCCUGGCCUGCAGGUGUGGCGUGUGGAAAAAAUGGAUUUGAAGCCCGUCCCUACUGAACUCCAUGGAAACUUCUUCACUGGAGACUCUUACAUAGUGCUCUACACCACCCCUGCUCCUUCCUACAACGUUCACUCAUGGAUGGGUGAAAAAGCUUCCCAGGAUGAGAGAGGGGCUGCUGCCAUCUUUAUGACACAGCUGGAUGACUUCCUGGGCGGGGCCCCGAGACAGUUUACUGAAUUUCAAAACUAUGAGUCAGUCACCUUUCUGGGCUACUUCAGGUCCGGCAUCAAAUACAAGAAAGGUGGAGUAGCUUCAGGCUUCCAGCAUGUGGUGACCAACGACAUGAAUGUCAAGCGUCUGCUGCAUGUCAAGGGUCGUCGGAAGAUCAGAGGAACAGAGGUGGACUUGUCCUGGUCCAGCUUCAACAAAGGAGACUGCUUCAUCAUUGACUUGGGAAAGGACAUCUACCACUGGUCUGGCAGUGAGAGCAACCGCUUUGAGCGCCUGAAAACAACUGAGCUGGCCAUUGACAUCCGUGAUAAUGAGAGAAGAGGCCGCGCUCAAUUACACAUGAUUGAUGAAGGCUCUGAGCCAGACGCUGUCCUUAAAGUGCUUGGACCCAUGCCCAACCUCCCACCAGGAACUGCUGAUGAUGCAUCAGCUGAUAAGAGAAGCAAGAGCUCAGCAUCUCUCUAUUUGAUCUCAGAUGCUGCUGGUUCCAUGUCAACAACCUUGGUGUCUGACAGUGUCCCAUUCAAACAAAGCAUGCUUUCCCAGAGUGAAUGCUACAUCUUGGACAAUGGAGGGGACAAUAAGAUAUUUGUGUGGAAAGGGCGGAAUGCAAAUGCAGAUGAGCGCAGAGCAGCACUGAUGGCUGCAAACAAGUUCAUCAAAGACAAGAAUUACCCCCAAAAUACUCAGAUCCAGAUCAUGCCGACAGGGGGUGAGACCACCCUGUUCAAGCAAUUCUUCUUCAACUGGUUGGACAAGGAUGAGACCACAGGUCCCAGCAAGGCCUACACCAUCGGUAGCAUUGCCAGGGUGGAAAAGAUUCCCUUCGACUCCUCCAAGCUCCACAGCAACAACGCCAUGGCUGCCCAGCACGGCAUGGUGGAUGAUGGCUCUGGGAAAGUCAAGAUAUGGCGUGUGGAAGGGGGUAAUAAAGUAGCUGUGGACCCAUCCACCUAUGGACAGUUCUUUGGAGGUGACUGUUAUCUGGUGCUGUACUCUUACAACGCAGGAGGAAGAGAGAAGCAUAUCAUCUACACCUGGCAAGGUCAGAAGUGCACUCAGGAUGAGCUGGCCGCUUCAGCCUUUCUCACUGUCAGCCUGGAUGACUCCAUGGGAGGAGUAGCCACUCAAGUUCGGGUCACUCAGGGCCAAGAACCUUCUCAUCUUGUGAGCGUGUUUAAGGACAAGCCCUUGGUCAUCCAUCUGGGUGGAACUUCCCGCAAGUCUGGCGAGAGCAAGCCUGGCAACACACGACUCUUUCAUAUCCGGCAGAGCUCAACCAAAGCCACGCGGGCUGUAGAGGUGCAGCCCACUGCCUCUGCUCUGAACACUAAUGACGUGUUUGUGCUGAAGGCAGAAAACUCUAUGUUCCUGUGGAAGGGACAGGGAGGAACUGAGGGGGAGAUGGUUGCAGCCAAGUAUGUUGCCGGCUUACUUGGUGGAGCUGCCACUGAGGUAGCUGAGACCAAGGAGCCAGCUGGUUUCUGGGCAGCACUGGGCGGGAAGAAGGACUACCAGACCUCCAAGACCCUGCAGAAUACAAUCAAGCUUCCACGACUGUUUGGCUGUUCAAACAAAUCUGGCAGGCUGAUAGCAGAGGAGGUGCCUGGUGAGUUCACACAGUUGGAUCUGGCGACCGACGACGUUAUGAUUCUGGACACCUGGGAUCAGGUAUUCGUUUGGGUCGGAAAGGACGCCAAUGAGGAAGAGAAAAGUGGAUCACUGAAGAUCGCCCAAGAGUAUAUCAAUUCGGACCCCUCUGGACGUCGCGGCAUUCCCAUCAGCACCAUUAAGCAAGGAGAGGAGCCACUCUCCUUCAUUGGCUGGUUCCAUGCCUGGGACUCCAAGAUGUGGGAAAAAGAUCUUUUGGCCUGCCUGCAAGCCCGUAUCAAAGGGCGUUAGUAGAAGAACACAAAGCACUAGAGCUUGCAUGACAUCUGAAAAGAUAAAUUGCUUAUCAUGUAUUAUUGGAUUUCCAGUAUAACUAACCUGUAAAGUACUGCAAGCUUGAAAUGUCACGCUGAUGCAUUUGACAUCCCAUUUUCAAUAAAUGAUGCACUAAGUGGGUUU